GACGGCGGCUGCAGACCCUAAAACGCCCGCGCCUCCACGGAAUAACAAACGCAACGCGGCCGCGCCCCUCUUCACACGCUCGAGUCCUUCCUCGAACCCCACCACAGCCGCCAAACGUGGCCAUCUCGCGACCCCUGCCCUUGAAAAGCCUCGGGCCCUACAUGCAGUUGUUGUCUGCUAGCGAAGAACCAUGGACACAGAAGAUGGACAGAUUUUCAUAAAGAAUCUAGCGUACUUUGUACGGACUCAUGAAAAGGCACUUGCAAAUGCUCUGCAGCUGCAACGGCAAGCGCCCCGCCAUGGCCAGAGCAACUCCGUCUCCUCGCCCACGGGCACCACGGGCACCAGCUCUUCCUCCACGUCCAGCGUGUGGGCAGCCGCGCUAUCUCUCCCCUCGCUGACUUUCACCUCGCCCACACUUAAGCCAGCGAAACUCACGCUUACGCCGCAUCACCUCUUCUACCUCCUAUCCCGGUUCGAGGAUUUGAACAUAGCCGUUGGACCUAUGAAUGUCCGCCUAGAGAACAUACAUACUGAUGCGUCGCCGACCAACUACGUGUCGUUUCUCAGCACGGCCCAGCGGAACAAGCAACGGUCCUCUGAUCGCGACUCGAUCCACUCUGUCUCCAGCAUUCGUAGCGUGAUGUCUGGCAUGUCUUCUUUGUGGUCAUCUCUUCGCUUGUCAUCCAACAGUGACGCCAAAAAGGAAAAGCAGAAAGCGCAGCUUGAGGAGGAUAUCAAAUAUCUAUACUCUGCCUUCACAAAAAUUCCGUGCCUGAGACUCGCGCCUGACCACAAAGCUCGCCUUAUUGCUGGAUAUGAGGAGUUCCCGUUCGACAGCGCAGUACCCUUGCAUGCAUUCAAAAAUGUUACGGCUCUUGAGAUCUACGAUGUUGACUUCCGCCAAUUCUACGGAUGGGACCGCCUCGCGGACAACCUGCGCAGCCUCACGGUCAAGAGAGCUGGUGUUGACGAUCCUGCCGACCUUCUUAUCAACAUCGUUCUCGACGACAUGGACAAGCGACGCCGUCGUUCGGCCAAAACACCUUCCUCGCCUGCUAUACCUUGGCAAGCCGGCAGUCCCGCCAGCAAGCAUGCUCAGCUUGCACGUUCGGAGUCACCUCCAUCCUCACCUACCGCACCUGGCAAGCAAGCUACUAGCCCACGAAACUCGACUUUGUUGCGAGAUGGAUCUAGGACCUCUGUGCAACGGCAACGCAGCGUUUCGCCGUCGAGACCGGCUAGCUCUCGCCAUUCGUCGACUCGUGUUUACGGGACGAACAGCGCACCUAACAUUCGCCGCUCAUCUGGUAGCUCAGGGUCUAGUGUGCGCUCGACUACCCCACGUGGAAGCUCUUCCAACCUUCUCUCACUAGGCUGGUUCCCAUCGACCAAAUGGCGGUUCCUUCGGCAUUUGAGUCUCGCUGACAAUGCUCUCACCAACAUUCCAGCAACCAGUCUUGUGCCUUUGGCGAAUACCCUGCAAUCGCUCGAUAUCUCAGCUAACCUCUUUGCGGAAAUACCGGAUAGCCUUGCGACUUUGUCUUGCCUUCGUGCACUCAACCUAUCCAACUGUAUGAUAAGCAGCCUGCAUUCUUUGGGCCGCAAUCCGCUACCUGCAAUUACGACACUUAACCUUCGUUCUAAUCGGUUGACAUCGCUGGCCGGCAUCGAGCGACUGUUAUCAUUAGAGCGCGUCGACCUACGGGACAACAAGCUGACCGACCCGACAGAGGUUGCCAGACUCACUGGAGUACCGUAUAUUACUGAGAUUUUCGUUCACAGAAACCCUUUCUGUAAGACUCAUAGCAAUUAUAGGGUCACCAUAUUCAACCUCUUCCGCAAGACUCCAGGCUACAGCGAAGAUAUCAAAAUCGACUCUACGCUCCCAAGCAGCGGCGAACGGAAGCAGUUAGUGGACAGAGUACCGGAGCUUCCUAGUGUUCCUGUGGUGAAGCCUCCACCAGAGGACGAAACGCCUCCGCCUCCCACCCCGCCCAAGGUUGUGAAGGCCCUUGAUGCUACCGAUCUGGUCGAAGGUCCACGCACCUCUCUUCAUCGAUCGAAGAGUGGAAAGAGCGGACAAGGCUCCCAUAGGAAAAAGAAGGUGCCCAAGCGAAGAAUUGUCGAGCUCACGCAGGGGGAGGCCUUGCAGACAACCGAGGUCACUCCGCCUCCGAGUUACAGCACGGACGACAAUCUAUCAAAGCCCAAACCGACCGUAUCGACAGAAUCUGCACCACGUCUCGAGGCUCCCGAGAGCGAAAACAGUACAGGUGACCCAUCAAAAACACUUCCGCAGCUUGACACCGGAGUGAAAGCUCCAAGCGGGACUGCGACGCAGGCCACGAGCCCUCCAGAGUUCGAUGUCACCAGCGACCUGUACAAGAGGAAGAUUGAAGCCCUCCGACAAGACUUUGGCAACAACUGGCUGAGCGCCCUUGGCGACGAAGGCUGGGAUGCCAAAUCAGUGGCCAGCAUUCCCUCUACGCACAGUGGCUUCACAUCGCCCAUCAUUAGACCAGUCAUGGCCCGCACUCCUAGCCAAGGCAUCGUUUCUGGGGGACGAACACUUGGCUAGCUGCCACUACACAAACUGCCCCGGAAGCUUUUUGCUUUCUAGCUGCACUUUGUGCGGCCCUUUUUGAAACCUAGCGAUACCCCCGUCUGCUUUUUACAUCUUAUGCGCUCUUGAGACUCUUUCGAGU